UUUUUUUUUUGGUUUUUUUUUUCUUUUCUUUUUUUUCGGAGCUGGGGACCGAACCCAGGGCCUUGCGCUUGCUAGGCAAGCACUCUACCACUGAGCCAAAUCCCCAACUCCGAGGAUUUUUUUUAUUAGACAAAAGAAUAGAAGCCCCAUGCCUUGACACAAGAUUUUUCUUCCUACCCUUGGCUGUCCUGACAUUGUAGACCAAGUUGGCCUUCAACUCACAGAGAUCUGCCUGCCUUUGCCUCCUGAGCUCUAGGAUCAAAGGUGUGUGCCAUUAUACCUAGUGGUAUAUGCCUUUUAUCACAGCACUGGGGAGCACUGGGCGGGGGGAGGCAUAGGCAAGCAGAUCUCUGCUUUUGAGGCCAACCUGGUCUACAGAGCUAGUUCUAUGUCAUCCAAGGCUACAUAGUAAGAGCCUGUCUUAAAAAGCAAAGCAAAAUGAAAUAAAAACUUUAUUCAGCACUGGUGGAUACAGUAAAUAUGGUAGACAAGCUAACACAAAUGUGUGGUAAUGUCACAAUCUAAACUGUUGCUACAGAGCAUUUAGAAUGAAAAAGUACACCACUUUACGCUAGAUAAAUGUAGCGAACCAGUCAUAUAAUUAUUACUGUCUGUGUAGGAAAAUACACUCAAGACUAGAAAUUAGCAUUUAAACAAUUCUAGGCUAACAAGAUCACUCAUUAGUACAGGCACUGCUGUGUAAGCUUGGUCACCUGGAAGGAGAGAACAGAUUCUACAAAGUUGUCCUUUGACCUCCAUCAUUGUUUUUACUCUAUGCUACAUUAUAUUAGUAAGGUAGAUUAAAUUUCAUGAUGUGUGUGUGUGUGUGUGUGUGUACACUGGGUUACAGGGUAGAAACUACUUUUUUCUUGUUUUGUUUCUUGGAGACAGUGUCUCACUCACUACAGAGUUCUGGCCAUCCUGGAACUUACUCUGUAGACCAGGGUGGACUCAAUUUCAUAGAGAUCCACCUGCCUCUGCCUCUGCCUCUCAAGUGCUAUUCUGAGUAGUUACACUGCCAAUUAGAAUCUAUUGCUCACUGUCGAUUGAUGUUUAGUAUUUGGAAAGCACCCAGCAGAAGAUAAUGUUGUGUGACAGGUUACCUAUAGAAGAGCUUGGCGUGAGGACAGACUGCAAUUUCUGUGAUAAAUUGCAGAAACUGAACACAGGUAUAGUGCUCAGUCAAUUGGAGAUGGGAUAGAGGGCGAUAUAACAACCAGUGUUUCAGAAACAUUGACCCAUUAGAAGACCGCAGAAACAAGUCUGUGAGCAGAAAGGUCACUUCAGUCCAAAAUAGGAGACCCCAAUCAAAAUCAGUAGUAGUGGAAGGAAUGUUAAACAUAAAAUAUGUCAAGGAAAUAUUGCAGCGUUUUAAAGAAGAAAUUCAUUUUUUUUUUUUUUUUUGGUUCUUUUUUUUCGGAGCUGGGGACCGAACCCAGGGCCUUGCGCUUCCUAGGUAAGCGCUCUACCACUGAGCUAAAUCCCCAGCCCCUCAUCAUUUUUUUUCCCUUGUUGCCAGUUUGUUUUUUUCAGACAGGGUCUCACUAUGUAGCUCUGGCUGGCUUAGAAGUCACCAAGUAGAACAGGCUGGCCUUGAACUCAAAGAAAUCUGCCUGGCUCCAGAGUGCCACCACUUUCAUUAAGAAGUGCUAGCUGACCUGCUUUUUUUUUUUUUUUUUUUUUUUUUUUUUUUUUAAAUGUUGACAGUGUUGAAAUGUAACAGCCUGUAUCUUCCUGAGGCUAAAUGAGGCUAAAGGCGUACAUCUCCACACCUGGCUUAGAGCUAGCAGGACCUUUUGGGAUGAACAUUCCCUCACCACUUGGCAUACACCUUUAGUAAGGAAUAGAAGAGCAAAUACUAAAAAUGUCUGUGACGUCUCUUUGACUCAGCUCUUCAACAUCUAAUUUAGUUAAUGCAAUUAACAAGCGUGAGUUUCCUUGAGGAUGUGGAAAGGGAGCCCUCAAAUUCACUUUCUAUUGAAUAGAUUUAAAGGGCCAAUAGCUCUAGUCCUUUAAAAUCUGAAUUCCAGUUCGUUUCCCACGGGUGCUCCAGCGAAGCUUAAAACAACGCUCUUUCCUUUUUAGAAUAUGAGCCAUGAUUUUAUUUUCCCCCAAGAGCAUGUCCCCUAAAAUAACACCAAACGCUGCCAAGACGUUCGAGUCUUCAAGAACUGUUCAUUUGCCAGUUCAAUUUCUCAACUGAGGCGCGUCACUAAGCGUCUCACCGCCAUGUGCAAAGCGACUACGGAGAAGUGUGGGAGGCAGCGUGGCGCUUUCGGGAGGGGUCUGGGGCGAGUCUAGUCUUCGCCUUUCUACCCUGGACACCUCAGGUGACUGGGCAACGGACCGGCAGGCCGGGAAGACGGGCCGCCAGUCCCUCACCCCUUUCCUGGGUCCGCUAGGAAUCCUCAGUUGACGACCCUGUUCCCCGACGCCGAGAGCCAGAGGCCAACGUCGGGCGGGACCCGGCGCCAUGACUGGGUCGGUCCCAGGCACAUCGCGACGCUCACCCUAAGGGAUCCGCGAGCGUGCCUCGGUUUCCGGGCGAGAGGAGGAAAUCACUCCGGGAACCCCAAACCCCUCCUUUGAAACCAAAGCAUACAUAGCGUCCCCGUUGCCACGGAGACAGGCCUAUUUGUGACGUCAUUUCCGCCGAGCUGUCUGGCCUCCAGACUGUUGAGAGGAAAAGAGGAAAACUGAGCAACAGCCACGACUGUGGACGCGAGCGUCUCUAGUGUGCGCAUGCGCCCGCUCAGCGGCCUGCUUCUAUUUAUGUGGGGGAUCCAACAUGGCGGCUGCGGCGACCCUGGCGAUGGUGGUGGAGCCCAUCAGAACGUAGUAGCGGGGACAGGGACCUGGUCCGCACUCACGGUGGCGUCCGCGGGGACAGCUGAGGGUGCUGGAGGGAAGAAAAGUGACGGAGAGCAGAAGGAAAGGCGGGCAGGCACGCCGUGCGGCGUCGAGACGAGAGCCGGCUCGAGCGAACGCCGAGGGCCAGAACAGUGGGGAUGGCGGAGCCGCGCAGAGUCGCGUUCAUUAGCCUGUCACCGGUGAGGCGGCGCGAGGCCGACUUCGCGGGCGCAGAGCGCGAGCCCCCCCGACUGGAGCCGCAGCCGUACCGCGAGCCGGCCCGGGCGGAGCCGGCCCCCCGCGCUGACGCUCAGCCCCCGGCGCGCGACAAGCCGCUCCCCCAGCGCGAGGUCAGCCGCGCCGAGCCGCCCAUGGCGCUGCAGCGCGAGCCCCCGCGGCCCGAGCCGCCGCCGCCGCCGCUGCCCCUGCAGACUCCCCCUCCGCGGGAGUCGGCUUCCCGGGCGGAGCCGCCCCCGCGACCGCCGAAGGAGACUGUUCGCCUGGAGCUGGUGCUCAAGGACCCCACGGACGAAAGCUGCGUGGAGUUCAGCUACCCGGAGCUGCUGCUGUGCGGAGAACAACGGAAGAAACUUGUUCAUACAGAAGAUCCAUUUACUGAUGAGCAUAAGGAGAGACAAGAAGUGGAAAUGUUGGCUAAGAAGUUUGAAAUGAAAUACGGUGGGAAAGCCCGUAAACACCGGAAGGAUCGGCUGCAGGAUUUAAUUGAUAUAGGCUUUGGCUACGAUGAGACAGACCCGUUUAUUGAUAACUCAGAGGCUUAUGACGAAUUAGUCCCUGCUUCUCUAACAACAAAAUAUGGAGGCUUCUAUAUCAACACUGGCACUCUGCAGUUUCGCCAAGCUUCAGAUACUGAAGAAGAUGAUUUUACAGAUAACCAGAAGCACAAGCCACCCAAGGUUCCCAAAAUAAAAGAUGAUGAUAUUGAGGCAAAGAAGCGGAAGCGGAAAGAGGAAGGGGAAAAAGAAAAGAAGCCAAGGAAAAAAGUACCCAAACAACUGGGAGUUGUGGCUCUCAAUUCACACAAGUCUGAAAAAAAGAAAAAACGAUAUAAAGAUUCCCUUUCUUUGGCUGCCAUGAUACGAAAAUUCCAAAAAGAGAAGGAUGCCUUGAAGAAGGAGUCUACCCCUAAAGUCCCAGUGAUCCCAUCAACUUCCUCUCUGCCUAAGCCCCCUUGUGCUGCCACAACCCUGGGGGAUGAUAUCCCGGACUUAAGUCUGAACAGUGCUGAUCCUGACCUCCCUAUCUUUGUUAGCACAAAUGAGCAUGAACUAUUUCAGGAAGCUGAAAAUGCCCUAGAGAUGCUGGAUGAUUUUGACUUUGACAGAUUACUGGAUGCUACUUCUGAUGGAAGUCCCCUCUCUGAGUCAGGGGGAGAAAAUGGAAACACCACCCAGCCCACCUUCGCCUCUCAGGUUGUGCCCAAGGUGGUUCCUACACUUCCAGAUGGUCUACCUGUGCUUCUGGAGAAACGCAUUGAGGACCUUCGUGUAGUAAGUGCUGCCAAACUUUUUGAUGAAGAAGGAAGGAAAAAAUUCUUUACACAAGAUAUGAAUAAUAUUCUUCUAGACAUCGAGUUACAGCUACAAGAACUAGGUCCUGUCAUCCGUAGUGGUGUCUACUCCCAUCUUGAAGCAUUUGUGCCAUGCAAUAAGGAAACACUGGUAAAACGUCUAAAGAAGUUACAUCUUAACGUCCAGGAUGAUCGUUUAAGAGAACCUCUGCAGAAACUGAAGCUGGCUGUUAGCAAUGUCAUGCCUGAACAGCUGUUUAAAUACCAGGAGGACUGCCAGGCUCGCAGUCAAGCCAAAUGUGCCAAGUUGCAAGCAGAUGAAGAACGAGAAAAAAAUGGAUCCGAUGAUGAUGAUGAUGAGAAACCAGGGAAGCGAGUCAUAGGCCCACGAAAGAAGUUCCACUGGGAUGACACCAUCAGAACUUUGUUAUGUAACCUUGUUGAAAUCAAAUUGGGAUGCUAUGAACUAGAGCCAAAUAAAAGCCAGUCUGCUGAGGAUUAUCUUAAAUCCUUCAUGGAGACAGAAGUGAAGCCACUGUGGCCUAAGGGCUGGAUGCAGGCAAGAAUGCUUUUUAAGGAAAGCCGGAGUGUACAUAAUCAUCUUACUUCUGCUCCGGCAAAGAAAAAGGUGAUUCCUGCAUCAAAGCCCAAAGUCAAGGAGGUGAUGGUAAAGACCCUUCCUGUUCGUUCUUUCCCUACUAUGCUGAAGGAAUGUAGCCCCAAAAAAGACCCCAAAGCGCCUGCAUCCGUGGUGGCUUCAGGUGGUUGUCCUUGCACGAGUUCCAGCACAUCGAUCGUUGCCUCAGCCAGCUCUAGCUCUACACCAGCCCAAGAAACCAUCUGCCUGGAUGACUCCCUAGAUGAAGACCUUUCUCUCCCCUCAGCCUCUCUGGAUCUUGUAUCUGAAGCUUUAGCUGUCAUCAACAAUGGGAACAAGGGCCCCUCAGUCAGUUCAAGGCUAAAUGUGCCAACCACAAAACCUCGUCCAGGCCUGAGAGAAGAAAAGCUAGCAAGUAUCAUGAGUAAGUUACCACUGGCUACUCCCAAAAAACUAGAUUCUCCUCAGACUGCUCACUCAUCAAGUCUCAUUGCUGGUCACACGGGGCCAGUACCAAAGAAACCCCAGGACUUAGCUCACACUGGUAUUUCUUCAGGCCUUAUUGCUGGUUCUUCAAUUCAGAACCCUAAAGUUUCCUUAGAACCUUUGCCAGCCAGGCUGCUCCAGCAAGGACUGCAAAGGUCAAGCCAGAUACAUGCUUCCUCUUCACAGACUCAUGUCUCCUCCUCCCAAGCCCAAGCUGCUGCCUCCUCUCAUGCUCUGGGAACAUCAGAGGCUCAAGAUGCUUCUUCGUUAACACAAGUAACAAAGGUGCACCAGCACUCAGCUGUCCAGCAGAACUACGUGUCUCCUUUACAAGCUACCAUUAGUAAAUCACAGACCAACCCAGUGGUGAAAUUAAGUAAUAACCCCCAACUUUCCUGUUCGUCCCAGUUACUCAAGACUUCAGAGAAGCCACUGAUGUAUCGCCUCCCUUUGUCUACCCCAUCACCUGGAAAUGGUUCUCAGGGGUCUCACCCCCUGGUUUCUAGGACAGCACCGAGUACCACUACCUCCAGUAACUAUUUAGCCAAGGCUAUGGUGUCACAAAUCUCCACGCAGGGUUUCAAAUCUCCCUUCUCAAUGGCCGCAUCUCCCAAACUUGCCGCAUCUCCCAAACCUGCCACAUCUCCUAAACCUUUGACCUCACCUAAGCCUUCUGUUUCACCCAAGCCCUCUCUAUCAGCUAAGCCUUCAGUAUCUACUAAACUGAUUUCUAAAUCCAACCCAACUCCCAAGCCUGCUGUAUGCCCGAGUUCUUCUAGUCCAAACACACUAGUAGCCCAGAGUAGCCACUCCACAAGUAACAACCCUGCCCAUAAACAGCCCAGUGGAAUGAACAUCAGCAGACAGUCUCCCACUCUAAAUUUGUUGCCCUCAAAUCGCACUUCUGGCCUUCCGACUACAAAAACUCUUCAGGCCCCUUCUAAACUAACAAACUCAUCGUCCGCUGGAACUGUUGGGAAGAACAGCUUGAGUGGAAUCCCAGUGAAUGUACCUGCCAGCAGAGGUAGCAACCUUAACUCAAGUGGAGCUAAUAGGACUAGUCUAUCUGGGGGAACAGGAAGUGGAACACAGGGUGCUACUAAACCGUUGUCUACUCCACAUAGACCAACCUCUGCCUCAGGGUCUUCAGUGGUAACAGCCAGUGUGCAGUCUACAGCAGGAGCAUCAUUAUUGGCUAAUGCCUCACCUCUGACUCUCAUGACAUCACCUUUGUCUGUAACAAAUCAAACUGUGACUCCCUUUGGGAUGCUGGGUGGCCUUGUUCCAGUGACCAUGCCCUUCCAGUUUCCCUUGGAGCUUCUUGGCUUUGGAACGGACACAGCUGGAGUGACAGCCACCUCGGGAUCUACCUCAGCGGCUCUCCAUCAUGGCCUAACUCAGAAUUUACUAAAGAGUUUACAGCCAGGAACUCAGCACGCAGCAACCCUUCCCCACUCACCUCUGCCUACACACUUACAGCAAGCAUUUAAUGAUGGAGGCCAAAGUAAAGGGGACACUAAAUUACCACGGAAACCUCAGUGACUUUGCAGCAAGUGAGAGAGGAACCACGUGGCUGGCUAGCUGGGAGGUGGCCGACCUGAUGGGAAGUCUUGGUGGUCACAGGGCUGCUGUUCCUGUCGAUGUUUACAUUCUUGUCCCAAGCACUGUGGAGAGAAGGAAAAGAAAGAGUAUGUUACUUGAGCAAAGCCAGUGCAGGAGGAAGAAAUGCUUCUGUGCAAAGUUAGUGACCUUUGGUCUUUUAAAAUCAAAAUUCCCAUGUUAACCUACUUAAAACAGACUCAGCUGUCAAACCCACAGAAGUAUAAAUUUGACUUUAUAGAAAAAGAAAAAGAAAAAAGAAGGAAGUGAGUUGAGUGGAUUUGGGUAAAUGGCCAUCCAUCCUGGGGGUCGGAUCUGAACACUCUACAUAUAAGUGCAUAGAAAAAGCAGCUAAAAGUAGAAUUAGCCCAGUUUGAGGAGAAUCAGUCAUGUCUGUUUAGUGGACAGAUUUGCCACAGUCGCAUGAUGCUCUCCAGACAGUAGCCGAAGAGUACUGUACCCUCAAAUGUCCUGAGCAAACUUGAAUCUUCUCCAGUAUGUAGCAGCUCCCUGUGCAAGUCAGCGGACUGAAGAUGCUUCAGCAGAGUUGCUGUGACACAGUGAUAAUAGUACUAUAGCUUCUAGAUUUUUAAAGUCAGGAAAGUGAGCCUGUGCUCUUAAGAAACAAAAUGUAGAUAAUCCCCUUUUUAUAAAAGGGUCAGUUUCAUCGUCCAUUGAGAAGUAAGUACUGAACUCUUCCCGCAGGUAACUUGUCGCCUGCUAUUGACUGGUUAGUAUUUAUUUCUAGUCCUGAUGCACAGAAGUGACUGCUUGCAUUUUCUCUUGACAUGGGUCUUUGUUGUUGGGCUGCUGCUUUGCUGCUGUCUCUCUUGCAGCCUGCCAAGAACUGCAAAUGCCCAGUUCCCUCCCUGCACAGUGCUCUUUCACUAAUGGUACUUUAGGUGACUAGAGCUGUUGAUAUAAACAGGAGUGUGCACAGCAUCUGUUUCUUCAUGGGUCAAACAAAUUACAUACACACACACACACACACACACACAUAUAUAUAUAUGUACAUAUAUAUGUAUGUACGUACGUACGUAUGUAUGUAUGUAUAUACAUAAAAUAGUAUACCGUUUUUCAUUCUGAAGUAUUUUUAAAGGGAUGAAUUCCAGUAGGAAUACAGAUGUGCACAAGGGAUGACCUUUUAUAACUAUCACAAUGAAGCUUUAUGACCCAUAUCCAGCGUAGUAUGUUUUGAGCAUUUGGAAUCUUAAAAAGUUUUACUAGAAUUUACUCAGAAUGUUAAUAGUCAAGUCAGCGUACAGAUUAUAAGAUUCUUUAAUUCUAGUUUCCAUAUGCAAAUAGAGGCAAUGAAGGGUGUGAAGGGAAAAACAGUUCUUUUGGGAUACAUUUUAUUUUGCCUCAGCCAGGUUUGUGGUGUCCAUUGAAUUUUAACUUCUGAGUAUUUUCAGAAUAUCCAAGAAUAAGCUCUGAGUGGUAUAACUUUAGUUUAUAUAUGGUGACAGACUAGCCUGGUAAUAACAAGAUUGCUUUUAUAAUCUCAUUACAUACUACCCUGUAUCAUUAAGUUUAUUCAGAUAAGAGUUUUGACCAGCCCCCAUUUUCCUUUGAUAAGCAAAAGUCCCAAGAAGCCUCUAGGACUAUAAUAACCGACCUCAGACCUGCUCCAGUUUUUAUGCCUAUAAUUUGACUUCAAAGUCACAAUGGCAUGCUUAAUAGCAAAAAGUCAGUGAAGAGUUGAAAGCUUUAGUUCCAAGAACUCGUUAUGGUAAGGGAAGAUGAUUAUUUAGAAGAACUAUUGAAGCUGGGUAUGGUGGCUCUUGCUUAUAGUCCUAGCAUUCAGGAACCUGAGGCAGGAAGAUCUCAGGUUUGAGGCCAGCCUGGAAUAUUUAGCAGCAAGUCUGUACUGGGCUAACAAUGAGACCCUGUCUCAAAAAAAAAAAAAAAAAAAAAAAAAAAAAAGAAAAAAAAAAGGAAAGAAAAGAAAAGGAAUCAUUGGUAUAAUUUCUUGACUGUAGAAAUUUACUUUACCAAUUAAACAAAUAUGGAGGAUAUGUAAGCCCCAGUAGAUAGUUUGGAAAGAUACUGAGAUAUUGCAGAGAGGUUUGACUUGAAUUAAGGUUCAUUUGAAAGGUCUCUUAGAGAAACUUGCUCAGCUCUUGGCUUAUACCAGCACCAGGUAACUUCCUUUCACAGGCCUGCUUGUACUUCAUGGGUUGUUGUGCUGGAGUGUCUGUUGAGGAAGGGAGCCUUGUGCUUCAUUUUCUCUACCCAGAGAGAAGUCCGUGUGUAUUAGUGUCUCCUUGCUGAUACUUGUGUUUUUGUGUAUUUGCGUACACAUACACAUUCAUAUAAAUUAAUCACUACUAAAAGUCAAACAAUAAUCGUAGGUUCGUAAACCCAUCGAUUCUGAACCAUGCUAUAUGAAGACCGUUGGUGGUUCUUUGCCAUCCUUAGAGAAAAACAAAAUUUGUAAUUCUCUUUCCCAUGUCAUUUUGUAAAAUUACCCUGGGCUCUGAGAAUCUAUAUGUAAAGUAUAUGCUGUUCCUGCUGGUCUUGACUCCUAAGGACUGCUGCCAGAUCCCACUCCAGCAACCCUUUCAUGGUAGACAAAUGAAUCAAAGUCCUUUCUAAAUGUACAUACAUUUCUCUCUGUAUCAUAACAUUGAAAAUGGUGUCCAUACUUUAUGGUUACCUGUCUUUACAGUUUUUAUUACUAAACAAGCAUAUAAGUUGGUUAUUUUUUAACAGAGAUUUGGAAUUCAUACUGUAUUUUUGCACUUAAAGUCAGAUUAUGUUAUUUUUAAAUGGUGAGUAGCUGGAAAGGGUAUCUGUAGAGCAGUGUGUGUCGCUAAAGACAUUAGCAGCAUCCAAAUGCAGAAAUAGAUCAGCACACUUAGGCCCCACUCAAUGGGGUACUCGAUUCAGGAAGAUUAAACCGUCUGUCUCCAGCUGUCUUAUAUUGAAACUGCCUUCACUGAUGUGUGAGCUGUCACUGUAUGGACAAGGCGAUCCUCAGUAUUCAUAAGCAAUAACAGUCAGCAGAGCCGUCUGCGGGCAGCAAUGCUGCACCACAGGUGGACUCCAAAAUAAAUGCAAGCAAUAAUUCCUAUUAAAAUUAAAUUACAAUUCUUCUCAUGCUUCUGAGAACAAAGAAUGAGAAAUCAUGAUUUUAAAACAAUCUGGAGAAAAGAUUUGGGGAAAAGAAGCCAAGUUAAUCUAUAAUAACAAAGUCCUGAUACGUUGAAGAAAUCAAGAAGAUUCAAUUAGUACAUUCAUUCAUGCCCUCCACCCCUUUGAUGGAUGUUAUUAGCCCAAAUUAUAUUGUUUUGUGUCAUAGACACCAAAUAAAGCUUAUUUGGGUCCCAACACUGGGGAAAGAACCGGGCAUAUACCUGUAUGAAGACUGUGGGUUUGACACCUGCUUGGAAACAGCUUAUUGAAAGUGAUCUUAAUCCAGGAUAUUUUUUCCCAAAGCAGAUCUAAAUUGUUUACUAUGCAGAGAUGGAAAGGGUAGGCACCCCUAUUCUCUCUCCUCUGGUUACCCUCUCCCACAACCCUCCCCACCUCUACUUGGUUCAAGACUUUCUGAAUGAAAAUUCUGUGUUAUUGCGACUGCCAUUGGCUGUGAGAACUCUGUCCUUUGGGAAGGCCUCUAGAACUCAUUGUCUGUCCUACUUGCUGCUACAUUUGGAAGAUGAACUGUGUUGCCUGUGUUGGUUGACUUUAACUGCUUUACUGGUAGGAGAUUUUGUCCUGUCCUUUGACCCCUGUGUAGAAGAACUAGGGUACUUUAUUUUAGGAGUGUACUAUAAAAGCACACGGGUCCUUGUUGUGUUAUUAUUAUAUAGGUUUUGAAUUUGCAUCCUUUGUUGGUUUUUGUUUUGUUUUAUUUUUCAAAUUGAAAAUAGAAGAAAAGUCUAUAAUCCAGACCAGACUUGAGAACCGCCCUGAGCUUCAGCACGGUGCUUCUGCUGACUCACGUUCUCUGAAGGGCACUUUUACUUCCAGGUGUGCAUGGGCAACUUACUGUUUGGUUUUGCUUUGGGGGUGCUUUUGGUUUUGUAAAAACAAAGCAGAGAAAAGUACAGUAGUAGAUAAAUGAUCACAAACAUGUUAUGCAAUUUUAUUUUAUAAAGUUUUAAGGGAAAAGUUUAAAUUGUUGUAAAUAAGUUCUUAUCUCUGGUAAAAUGCUUAUAUUACUCCUCUAAACCAUGCUCAAUUCAGGCCUUUGUCUUUGUUAAGUGCCUUUUAUUUCUUUCUUUUUCUCCACUUUAAAACUUUCAGACACCCUCCAGUACAGACUGAUUAAGUCAGGGAUUCAGGAGAAAGAAUCUCAGACUUGCCAGAAUCAUGUCAUGUAGUAACUCUUCCAUCUGCUCUGUGUAUGUGGACACAAAUGUGAGAUGCACAGUGUGUAUAGAACCAGGGGCAGCUGCUCCGUGGCAAUCUUUCUAAAGCACUGCCCGUUUGACAUUUCAGAACAUCUGCCUUGUUUAUUCCAUUGCUUUGCGUUGAUUCAGAUGGGCAGAUUGGGAAGUAGUCUUUGCACAUGAUGCUAGCUUCCCUUUCUGAAUAUCUGUAGAAGUUAAUAUAUAUAUGUGUGUGUAUAUAUAUAGGGCAUUCUAUAUAAAACAUAUGUGUUGGUUAUUGCAAACAUAAUAAACUCGGUGGACUCAUUGACUAUUUCUGGAUGUAAUCCACUUCUCUCUACCCCUCAAAUCCUGCAGAAGUAGUGUAUGAGAAAGCAUCAGAAAAACAAGAGUAUCUUGUUGGUCAAGCUGAUAUGGUGCCCUAUGCAGACAAGAUUCAGUACAGGCUAGAGCUAGAACCACGGAAUGGUAUCUGAAUACACUUUGAAGGAAGUUGACACUCAUGUCAAUAUUAAAAGAUAUUUUCUUCUAGAGAAUGAUCUUGAAAUUAUAUAGCUGAAACUUCAAUAAACUUAGAUUUUAGACAAUGAGGAAACACUCAUAGAAUCUGGACAUACUUGAGAAAUUUUCAAUCUGUUUAUUGUCAGGUGAUCAGAUUUUGUUUUGAUUUCAUGAUUGUCUUUCUUGAGCAAAAUAACAUAACUUUCAGUAUCUAAGACCUUAAGGGGGGGGGUUGUUUUGUUUUGUUUGUUUUCUAUAGAUGUGACCAAUGUUGAAAGAGACUAAGUUGAACUGAUCCUCUAUAUAUCUAGAAAGGACCGCCUUUUAAGUAAAAUUUUAGUUGGAAAAGGAUACUUGUGGCUAAAAAAAAAGAGGUUCCUGGUAGCAAAGCUGUUGUCAGCCAGCUUAGGAUCAGUAGUGUGUGUUAAUUCCUAAACUACUUUAUCUAGGGGGAAGUCAUUUAACCUUCGUGCCUCAGAUUACCCAUAAGACAGUUGGGUAUAAUAAUAAUCACCUACCUCCCAGGGAUAUCAGAGACUUUACUAUUUCAAAAAUAUUUUGUUUUUCUAAAACAUUCUAUAUAAUUAUAGUAUUAUCUUCUUGCAGAGGUUGAGAAAACAAAUGUUUUCCUUAUAGUGGAUAUAAAGAGCACCCUAUGGUCUUUAAGUUAAAAAAAAUCACUGGAAUUUUAAUUUAGAUGUAUAUUUGAUAUUUAAAUGUACCAUAUUUGUUGUGUGGUAUAAUUAUUAGUUUCAGAUUAAAUCAAAGGGGGAUGAACACUAAGUUUCCUAAUUACCAAUAGACUGUUGUAAAGCUUUUAUGAUGCGAUUGUGUAAUGUUUGCAAAGGUUGUGAAGUAAAGUUAGAUAAAGCUUGAAUUAUGGAUAAAUGAUCCUGAAAGUUUAUAGCCUCCCUUGUCUACCUUCUGAAUCUAAUUUCCUUGCAGUAUUUGCCUGAUGAUGGGAAAGUAAUUUUUUACUUUUCUAAGAGUAAACAGACGCUGAGUACUACUCCUGCAUCAGUAGGGCUAUCCACCUUUCCCUGUGGGUGGGGCAGGCCUACCCUUGGGCAGCUGUACAUUCCUUUACCUUUGUAUUUCCUGCUUUUUCAGUCAGAGCUGUCAGCUGCUCAGGUUGUAGGAAAAUAGGAGGGAGAAAGGCAGGGUUCACUCCCUAGCCAGGGCAGAGGUAAAGAUGAUCUGGAUAGAAGGAAAUAGGAUCUCCCUAGCUCCCGGGAGGAGGUUAGGAUCAUUUUAUCUCACCCUCCAUUCAUGCACACUAAGUAGCAAUGCAUGACACUUUUCUCUUUAAAGCAGUAACAACAGGGACAAAUGGAUGCUACAGGUUUUGCUAGGGCUGAAUAGUGUAUGUGAGAGAGUGUGUAUGGGUGAGUUUAAAUUCCAGCUCAUAUUCAGGGUCAGAAAGAGAGUGGAAUGUAGGGUGUUGAGGAACACUUAGUUGCCCAGCUCAAUGAGUUAGCAGGUAGCACUAGGCUGAAGCAGCCAGCACAUCUGGGCUGACCCAGAACUGGCUCAGACCUAGUCAUUCUCUAGUUCUUUUUCUAAAAUCACUUUGGGGAUUUUUGUUUAAUUUUUUUUCUUUCCAGUAGCCUCUAAAUAUCAGCUAUGCAGAUAAGCACACUCUUCAUUUCCACAUUAUAUUCUUACUCAUUCUUCAAUAACAAAUGUUAGGAUUUCCACCCAAAGUAAUAAGAUUUAGGGUUUUUGUUGUGUGUGUGUGUUUCCUCUGGGGAAGAGUAGCAGAAGCCUAAAAUAGAUAAUCAUCUGUGUUCCUCUGCCCUAAAAUGGGAACUUUCCAUAAAACACUAGCUGAAGAUCCUUUUGCCGGUGCAGACCUAGAAUUGAUGUUGGGAACGCGUUUGAGCUUUUGUGAUAAAGUCACCUCAUUGUAAUGCCGAGACCCGCUUUGGGCUCUGAUUAAAAACAGCUUUGAAUAUUAAUGUUGAAUUUUUUCUUCAUUUCUUUCAGUCUUCAUUCAGUCUUUGGUGUGAGCUCUUAAGUUACCACUUGCUCCACUACAGUGUAAGUUGCCUGUUGUUAGAUCUAGGGAGAAAAGGUAAACUGUUUCUACAUUCUCUUCUCCCUCACUUUGCCAUCUGUCCUCAGUCCCAUCAACUGCAAAGAUAGUAUAGGGGGUAGUUUACCUCUUAGUGGAGAAUACCGGCAUAGAUUAUUAUCUUUAGAGUUUAGUGGAAAUACCUUUGACUGGCCUGAUGCUAAAUGACACAUUUCUUAUGCACACUCAAAGGACCAUUUGCUUUAAUGCAGCUGUUUCUGAUUUCCUUGUGUUGUGCUGUUUCUACUUGUCUGUCUUUCCUAUGUAUUUCCAUUUCAUAGCAGUUAGUAUUCAAACUUUGUAUACUUUGACACUGCUGCCCAAAUUAGUGACACGGUUUGAAGUCUUUAUGGUACAAAUUAAGGUUCUAUACAUAGUCUAGAACUUGGGGGGGGGGGUGUCACUGAUGACUGCAAAUUUUUUUCUCUCUUCAUUUAUAUUAAAAAAUAGAUUUUUAAAAAAAUAGGUUUCAUAGGCUGAGAGUGUAUCUCUUACCCAGCAUAUGCAUGGGCUGGGGGUCCACACACAGUAGUGCAGAGUAACAAUAAAUAGAUCUCACUUUUACAUAAUCUGCUAAUACCAGUAUCUUCCAAGAUUCUUCAGAAAAAAUACAGACUUUCAUUAGGGGCUCAUAACAGCUUGCCUUGCCUGUUUUCAUACCUUCCUACAACAGAGCUCUUUUGCCAAGGUCUGAGCCAACCAGAUCAUUGAAUCCUUAGUCCCAGUUUUUGGUACCUCAGAAACUAUUACUUGCCCCCACUUUGCUACAGUAUUCUGGUUUUUUUUUUUUUUUGUUUUGUUUUUUUCUGAGUCUGGUUGUUAGAUGCUUGUUAAUAGUAAUAGAGCUCUGGUUGGAAUAGAGUUAAGAUUAUUUACCUGAGAUAACACAGGAGUCAGCGGCCCCAUCUAUCCUCAAACUCCAUUUAGGAGUCAACAGCAACCAAGACUAGCCACUGUGUGUAUGUGUGUAUGUGAAAGUCUGUGCUUAAAAUUUCAUCACCAUAUUGUAUUUUCUGUACUUACAACCAUAGUCUUUCCUCUGUUUUGCUUGCCUCUACUGUUUACAGAAACAUUAUGCCCUAUCAGAAAAUUCACUGACAAAGUUACCAAGGAUUUGCCCAAUUUUGGGUAGUAACAUAAAAAGGAAAAUAUAUUUUUGUCAGUUGACAAAGGUAUUUGUUUUAAAUAGAAAGUUAACCCAGCCUUGGUCAGCUUUCUUGACAUUUUGGCUCUGACUCCAUAACAGAUUGUAUGUACUUUGACAUGUGGUCAUCAGGGGUCCUCUCCCAGUAAAGACUGGUUUUCCUCCCACACGGCUUUCAAGGAAGAGAGCCAAGCUUUUCAGUGACCUAUUGUCAGCUGUCUUUGAAAGACUAUCUUAUUCUAGAAAAUGCUGUCGUGCUAAACUGUUCUUGGAGAAGAGUGUGCUAGUUUGUUCCUCCCCAUGGUGUCUCUUGUCUUGUUAAAUGUGUCAGAUUUCAAGGACAGGAAGAGAAAUCUCUGGCUGGUAAAUUUCAUGUCCCAAAUAAUGAACUUAAGUCUAACCAAGGUGACUCAAGAGAUGGGAGUUUUCUCUCUCUACUUUGAGCAAGGUUUAUUUAUGAUUGUAAGACUUACCAUGGAACUGCAGACCUAUUUACUGUAACUGGAAAACAUGAGUCUGGUUAAGCACAGAUUUCUAACCCUAGGAUAAAAGUUUAGGUAAGGGGAGACUUUUGUUUAGUAGCAGAAGAAAAAACAAUUCUUUAUUCAGUGAGUGUCCACCCCGCAAAGCCACUUCCCAUAAGGGAACAGCUCCUCCUCUUCAGUGACCGUCACCCUACACAGAUGCUACCAAGUUUGCAAGCCAGUCUCCAAGAUAGGAGCCUGAGGACUCAGUUGAUGGUCCUUUAGGGGAAAGGCCCUAAUUACUGUGUUGCGUCUGCUUGUAGGAAGGUGUGUUUGCUAACUUGAAGGAAUAUAUGCUGUACUUCAAAUAAGUGUGUGACUUAAUACUUUGGGAUUUUUUUCCCUCUAAAACUGGACCUGAACACAGCUUUGAGUUGGUAUUUGUAAUAAUCUCAGGACCUGAAAGAUUGUAGCAUUUAGUGUGUCUUAAUAAUUAUGUACUGUACCAGCCAUGGAGUUUUGUAAAUAUACCUGUCUCCCUUUUUUGUAUUAUUUUAGUAAACAAUAAAUAAAUAAAUAAAUUUAAUAAAAGGGGGUGGUGAUGAUGUGUGUAUGUUUGUGUGAAUGUGUAUGUGUGCGCGCGCACGUGUGUGUAAGGCUCUUUUGAGACAAACUGGUGCUUGUUGAAUUUCUAGUUCAGCUCAGCAGGAAUAUGGACAGACUGCUGUUGUUGACCCUGCAAUGAGCAAGGAGGAGGCCCUUCAUUCUGCCAUCCUGUGGUCUGUCCACAUAGUACUAGCAAACUGGAAGUCAGGAGCUAAACUCUUCUCCUACGGCCAUAUUGCCUUUGAGUUCUUGGUCUAGUUCCAGCUUUCUUUGAACGCUGGUGUUAAAGCUUCCACACUUUGAGGAUUCCUGGUUUUAGAGCUCUUAUAACUUUCCUAAGAGGCAGAUUUAAAUAAACAAAUAAGUAAAUAAGUGCAACAAGAGAGCCUGGCAUUCCAUAGGACCGCUGGUAGAGUUUGGAAAUCCCCAGACAGGCAUCUGAGAACUUAUUAAACUGGCCCCAUGAUGCACUCCUCAGUGCAAGGAUUUCUGUGUUCAUUGUGCUUUGCGACAGCCUCGUUCAUAUUCCAGGUGUAGCUAGCAAACCCAUUUUGAAAUGAGAGCCUUAUUUGAUCCAGUACACAUUUCCUGUUGAUCCUCAUUGACAGGACCUUUUACAUGAGUGAUUUUUUUUCUUUUUGUAUCUGUUAUGUGUUUGUUGUAUUAAAUAAAGAGGAAUGUAAAUACA